CUUUAAGUCAUCUUUGCAACAUCUUCGAUUGAAGCAAAGUUUUAUUUUUGAAGACGUGACGCCACAACCGUUUAUACAAGCGCGUAUUACACAAAGUAGGCCUACGUUAACAAGUUUAAUUACGGCCGCGUAUUAAUCAACCAUCUUCGAGCAUACUCCAUAAAACAAUACUUUUUCUGUGUUAAUAUCAUUAUAUAUAACCCAAAAAGGCGAAAUAUCUCAAUUCGUACAACUAUUUCUUCUCUGGAGGCUAUAUUUUACGGCAUUGUAAGAGCACACGAGAGCACACGACGUUCGAGGCACGCGACACCGGAAACUGCUAUUCAUGGAGUUUGCGCAGUUUAAACUUCCUUGCACUUGGAGCACAUUAUGAAAGUCCUCUGUUGACUCCUUGAAUGCAAAAUUCUAAAAUGCGCGUUCUAAUAGGUGGUGGUACCGGCUUCAUAGGUAAACAUAUUGCCAGAAAGCUCGCAGACAAGGGGCAUGAAGUGACCCUGUUAUCAAGAUCAACUGGAAGGGGGAGAUUAACAUGGGAUGAACUGUACAAGAAGGGUCUCCCUGAUAACACUGGGGCAGUGGUGAAUGUGGCCGGAGAGAAUGCACUAAAUAUGUUCAGAAGGGGCGAAGCCUACAAGAAGGACAUCAUUACAAGCAGGGUUGAUACAACUAAAGCUUUGGCUGAAGCCAUCACUGCAAGUAAAAAUCCACCCAAAGUUUUUGUGAGCACUUCUGCUAUUGGUUACUACCCUCCUAGCAGCGUGGCAGACUAUACUGAGGACACCAAGGUGACAGGCAUUGACUUCCCGUCAAAGUUGUGCCAGGACUGGGAGGAAGCUGCAGUACUUCCUGAGGGCAAAGGUGUCCGGAGAGUGACCAUCAGACUUGGUGUGGUACUGGGGAAAGAUGGCGGCGCUAUCAAACAGAUGUGGUGGCAGUUCUACUUUGGAGCUGGCGGAAAAAUUGGAACUGGACGCCAGUUCUUUCCAUGGAUCCACAUAGAUGAUGCUUCUGGGUUGUUUGUUUACAGCAUCGAAAAUGACCACGUGUCAGGAAUUCUGAAUGCAGUGGCUCCCCAGAUCUGCACCAACGAGGAGUUUACCAAAGCAUUUGCUGGAGCUAUGAGAAGACCUGCUUUCAUGCCUUUCCCUGCUUUUGCAGCCAAUUUGAUUUUCCAGGAUAGAGCCACAAUGUUAUUGGAUGGACAGAAGGUUAUACCUAAAAGAACUCUGGAACUGGGAUACAAGUUUAAGUACAGUCACCUGGACGAUGCAUGUAAGGAAAUUGUUAGUUAGUGAACUUUGGGAGGAAGAAAAGUUUAUCUAGACUUUAAGAUAAACCCAAACUGGUUUCGGUCUUUAUGCUAUCACCAGUUAACCACAUUAAGUAAUUGAUUUUACUUAUAAAGAUUGUCCACGGCUGCCCUCUGUGCUGUCAUUUUUAUUUUAAAUUCUCUCAGAAGCCUGACAUAGCACCUUGGUUCAGUUAGGAUAAAACUGACGUGGCUUUGUUUUUAUAUACUCAAUCACGCACAUGUCAGCAUAAGCAUUUUUGUUAUACAUUUUUAUGGAAAAAGCAUUCAGUCGAUGCCUAAAUGAGAUUUUGACAUUACUAUUGAAUUUUUGUUUGUUGGUUACCUUGUCAUUUUUUUCAAAUAUUAGUAAUUUUGUGAAAAUUUCACUGGAGAUAAUUUUCUGUGCAUUUUUUUGUGGUUCAUGCUAACUAGCUGUAGAAUGUGAUUUUAUAUUUUUGUCAUGUAUUGCCAUUGCUUCAUGUAUAUGUGGUGUUAAGGAGAUAAAGAUUGAUGAAUGACAUUUAGGUGAACAAAUUAAUUUUCCAGUGUUGUCUACUGGAAUGGUAACUGAUAAUGAACAUGAGAAAUAAGGUCUUAACUUGGGUUGUUUGUAUGGUACCCAUUAGCUCUUUUUUUGCCAAAUACUAGUACCUACGUAUUAAUGAAAUAUGUACUUGGUUCAUGUGUUUGUACACUUUAUAAAGCAUGUAUUUAGAUCUGCAGUCAAAUGACUUGUGUGCAAUAAGAUCUGAAUGUUCCAAUCCAGCUGUAGUUCAGUCUAAACGCACCGUUGAGUGGACUAUAUUAAAAAAAAAAACCUGAUUGGACUGGUGAGUGUUUCUAACAUUACAAAAUACUGUUGACCAAUUUCAGUUUCAUUUGAAAAAUGUAAUUUUUUAUGUGUCAACUCAUAUUUUUCGCAGGCAUUCUGUGAUGCUGGGAUUUAUUAAUUUUAAUUACCUACACAAGAAAACUUACUUGGAAAAUUGGGUCAUUCAUAGUUAUAAAACAGUUUGUUCUCAUGGUUUGUUCGCAUUUCAUUCAAUAAAGCAUUCAAUGUUA